UGCCUGUCUAUUUCAGAACUCGUAUCACAAAGACGGCCAUAUUUUGGGACGAGACUUUCUAAGCUGGAAGCGACAAACGGAGUAUUUUAGCAAUCACGAUGAAUCCGUGCAGGUGAUCUAGCAGAACAAUUUAUUAUCUACUAGUUAUUUCAAACGUCCGCCGCCGCGUCAAGCAGGCAGACAUUUUUCUUUUAUUGUUUUCAAAAUGGCGGGGCUGAAGAUUUGGCGAGAACUGUUUUUCGCGAGUGUUUUGCUCUGUUGUGUGUUCCGAGAAGGCGGCCGUGUUUUCUGUCAGCACGCUAAAACGCGGAUCACUGAUCACGCUGCGCUGGCGCAUCACGGAAAAUGCGAAGCGAUUACUAUUCCGCUUUGCAAAGACAUCCAGUAUAACGAAACCAUCAUGCCGAAUUUGCUUAAUCACCAAAAACAAGACGAUGCGGGGUUGGAAGUGCAUCAGUUCUUUCCACUGGUUAAAGUUCAGUGUAGCAGUCAGUUGAAAUUCUUUUUGUGCACAAUGUACGUUCCCGUGUGUACGGUUUUGGAAGACGCUAUCCCGCCGUGUCGAUCGCUCUGCAUCCAGGCUAGGAACGGAUGCGAGAGUCUGAUGAACAAGUUUGGAUUUCAGUGGCCGGAUAGUUUGGAGUGUGAGAAAUUCCCAAUAAAAGGUUUGUGUGUGGGAGAAAAUAACACGGAACCGGCGGAAACUACCCAGAAGACACCAAUGAGACCGGGACACGGUUUCAAGCCCCAACGCCCGGGAGUGAUGGAUCAAGGAAGUCACUGGGACAUCAACAACCUGAUCCCGGGUUUCAACUACAGCCACACCAACGUCUACAACAGCAAGGUUUACGGCUUCCACUGCCCCGACGAGCUGAAGGUACCGAAGGGAUUCGACUACCGCCUCAAGGUCGGGAAGCAGUUGGAACGGGAUUGCGGGGCUCCCUGCUACAAUAUGUUUUUCAACCACGACAAACGCGUCUUCGCUCGGUGGUGGAUCGGGAUUUGGUCGUGUAUCUGUCUCGCGUCUACCCUUUUCACCGUCCUGACUUUCCUCAUAGACAUGCAGCGAUUCCGGUACCCGGAGAGGCCGAUAAUUUUCCUGUCUGGAUGUUACUUCAUGGUUGCUUUGGCUUACGUCGUAGGGUUUGCUCUCAAGGACAAAGUUUCCUGCAAUGAACCGUUCGAUCCCCCAACCAAAGGAUUGAUGAAGACUAUGGAACCGAUAAUCACCCAGGGAACCAAGAAGGAAGGCUGCACCAUCCUCUUCAUGAUGCUCUACUUCUUCAGCAUGGCCAGCUCCAUCUGGUGGGUGAUUCUCACACUAACGUGGUUCCUCGCAGCAGGUAUGAAGUGGGGUCACGAAGCCAUUGAGGCGAAUUCUCAAUACUUCCAUCUCGCCUCGUGGGCUGUCCCCGCCAUCAAGACCAUCGCGAUCCUGGCCAUGGGGCAGGUCGAUGGGGAUGUUCUCAGCGGGGUCUGUUUCACGGGAAUCUUCGAUGUCGACGCUCUCCGGGGUUUCGUGUUGGCCCCCCUCGUCGUGUAUCUCAUCAUCGGGACAUCCUUCCUGCUGGCCGGUUUCGUUUCCUUGUUCCGCAUCCGUACCAUCAUGAAGAGCGAUGGGACGAAGACGGACAAACUAGAAAAACUGAUGGUCCGGAUCGGCAUUUUCUCCGUUCUGUACACGGUGCCGGCGACCAUCGUUAUAGCGUGUUACUUCUACGAACAAUCGUUUCGAGGCCAGUGGAUUAUCACGUGGCACGAGACGCUGUGUAAGAACAACUACAUCAUGACAUGUCCACACCCGGACACCGUAAAGACCAAACCGUGGCCAGACUUCAACGUGUUUAUGAUCAAAUACCUCAUGACUGUCAUCGUCGGAAUCACAUCCGGAGUGUGGAUCUGGACUGGAAAGACCUUCCUGUCGUGGAAACAGUUUUACUGCAGGAUUUUCUCGCAUCGCCAGAACGAAAGUGUUGUGUGAAAGAAAUGUACAUAUACAUACAUAAAAACUGCAAAAGGAAAUGUUUUUAUAAGUUCUGAAAAUUAGUCCUAUGGGUUGGAAAUCGGAAAGGGGGGGUUGAGGAAUGUGGGUACUGCCAUCCAUACACACCCAACUGAUGAAGAAUGUAUCUGAAAAAUGAGAUCUAGGGGUCAGAAAUCAAAAGGGGUGAAAACAGGUGGGUACUGCCAUCCAUCCAUACACGUCCAACUGAUGAUGAAUAUGCAGUGGUGCUUCCCCCCCACCCCACCCCGUCCAUCAAAGGAGAAAGAAUGCAUAGCUGGCAUCUUGGGGUGCCUAUGUGAUUUUUGGAUUUUCUGUCUAUUUUAAUCUCAAGACGUCCACAAGAACCAACAGAUGGAUUAACUACGUGUUCUUGCAAAGGAUCAUGGGACUAAGAGCAUGAAAACUAGGAAAGAAGUUCCAUAACGGUGGAAUUGACGACGAGGAAUUAGAACCACACAUGGUGUUGAGGUAUUGUGUGUGAGUGGAAUUGGCAUUGUUGCUAUGGUUACCAGUGGUAUCUCGGUAGCAUCUAUACACUAAAAUAGGUUUGUGUGCUAAAAAAAUAAAUAAUAAUUUGUGAUACCCAUGUCUUGCUGGAUGUGUUUGCAGGUUCAAAAUGGUGCCAUUCUGUGAAAUAUGACCAUUAUUUUGUGAAAUCUACAACACUGUUUAUUUCCUGAAAUGUAUGACACUUUUUAUUUUGUGAAAUGUACAACACUGUAUAUAAAACAACAAUAUGAAAUGUGUUUACACUGGAUUUUUUUUUCUUUUUUUUUUUUCUGUGUAAUUUGGAGUAUUUAUUAUUCCGUUCAGCCCUUGAGCUGGGCAAACAAUGAUAGAAGACAAAAACACGUGUUUUGAACAAAUAAACAGUAUUUAUGAUUUUAAUAUGUUGCCAUAGAAACAAACCAAAGUUUUUAAACUUGCCUACUCGAAGCUGUGAUCACGGUAUUUUGGUUAUGGCUGGACUUCCCUUGCAACUUGUACUGUUUUAAAUGGCCAAUUUAGAUCCCUUUUUUUUUUUUUUGCUUUUUUUUUUUUUUUUUAGUUCCACAUUCCCAGGCUUUAUGCCAAAAAUUAAUUUGUGGGUACAUAGUAAUAAAAACAAAACCAAAACCGACCAUAAGUCCCCUUCCCCCCCCCCCCCCCCCCAAACUAGGUGGUUAUUGGUUUAAAUGUUUGAAAUUGGUCACUGCAUCUCGUGUACAAUGAUAUAUUUCAAACAGGAUUUCCACGACUAACUCUGCUACUCGCCAAAUUUGCCAACUGCUUAUUUUAAACACAACUGAUGAAUUUUAUUUUAAUUUGUCAAAAAAAUUGCAUGUAAUAAUUGGUAUAAUUUAUUUUCUUGAAAAUAUUUGUGGGUUUCUGUUAUAUUUGGCAUGUAAUAGAUAAUUUGGCAAAACUUUCUACAUUGUCCGAGCUAGCCCUGAUUUCUCUUACUAUCAACUGUUUUUGAAAAAUCCACUUAUUUCAAAGAUUUUAGGCAGUGUUUCUGCCAGAAAGAAAUUUUUAGGUAUGGUGCUAUGUUAUUGAAUGCAACCACAGUCAACAGUGGGUAUGGAGGGUUAGGCUUAAGAAAAUCAUACAGUAAUGAUAAGUCAUUAAUUUUGUCAAAAUGUUAACUAAAAAAAAAAAAAAAAAAAAAUUGGGUAUGGUGCCAUACCCAUUUUACCCUCUGGCAGAAACCCUGUUAGGGUACAUAAUUUUACCCUAUAUACCCUCAGGCACAAACCCUGAUUCCUGUUACUAGUAUUAUGUGCACUCUUAACAGUACUUGAAUGUCUAUUUACUCUGUGAGAAUAAACACUAAGAAUACAGUACAUGAACCAACAAGAAAGUCAACUGAACAUGAGUGGUUAGCUAGAUGGUUUCCAGUCUGUAGCAUUCUGUGUGCGACUAGAAUAAAGUCUAAACGUGGCAGAAUGAAUGAACAAUAAAAUGUUGUUCCAAGAUUUCCUGGGUAAUCCUGGGAACAGUAUUUCAAAAUUGUAGGUAACAGGAAGUUGUUUUGGGUUGGGGGGUUUUACUAGGUAACUGAUUAUGUUAAAAUGUAUUAGCAAUGUUUGAAAUAAGCAGUUAAUCAUUUGUCUUAACAAUUGAAAAUCUGCUCAGACAAAUAAAAUGUACCGUGGUGGUUGUCCAGUGGACAAGUAAAAACUGUUCAAUGAAGUUUCCUUUUGAGCAAUGAAAAAAAUUGUCCUUGUACUUGAUUUAAAAACCCCCAUUUAUUUGGACAAGUGAAAAUAUUGUUGGAUAUGUAAAUUUCUAGAUGUAUUUGUCCUGUGGACUGGUGGAACAUUCUGCUUAUUUCUAUCACUGAUUAGUUUUGGUAAGCUGUAGGUUAACUAAUACAGACAUCAGCUGUUACCGAUUUGAAUACAGCGAAUUGGGAAACAUUUUGUUUCCAAAAUCAUGAUUAGCAGUAUUUCUAUAGUCCUUCUCACAGGAAAUAUCUUUUCUCAUACUAUGGAAUUUACUACAAGUAAUUUAUUUCUGAGCCGAUUCGUUUUUGAAAUUGCGCACAAAAGUAGGGCUUUUUAAUUUGUUCAUUAGCAAAACACUUGCUUUUCUUCUUACUUGAAACCAAACUGAUUUUUUUUUUUUUUAAACUUGGUAGGAGUAUGAAAUGUACUAGUCCGUUGCAAAUUGAUUAGCAACAACUGUUUGAUGUUUUAGACUUGGGUGACGAUAUCUAAAACUUGCUUAGUGAAUCGCGAUGCAAAACCAAACAAAAUGUUUCCUUUGAAUAGAAAAGCCCUUGAAAAAUUCCAUUUUAUGCAUGAACAUCGGUGAACAGAAUAGUGGUUCACGUGAAAUGUUGCCUUUUAAUGGUGUUCAUUUGGGGGUAAUUACCAGCUUUUAACAAACCAACCAUGUGUAGUUGGGUGACUGUAUUGUUGGAUUGUGUACUGUAUUCCAAUCCACGUAAAUGAGGUCAGGGUCUAUAAACAACUGAAAAACACAAAUACAUUAUAUACGAUGCAAUACGUGAACAAAUGCUAGUUGCAAAUUAAAUACAUAUACAUAUAUAUAUAUAUAUAUAUAUAUAUCGUUCAAUUUACAUUUUGCUAUAGGUCCAUUACUCGUAAAUGUUGCUAUUCAAUAGCCAAUUAAUCUUCUCUAGUGGUGAUGUUAAAAAAAAACAGAUUUUUAUUUUUUAGCUGUUCAAAUGGCUUUUUAUUUAUAAUUUUAGGUAUUUGAAAAAUCCCCACAAAACAGAUUUUUACUAAUUUUUACUAAUUUUAGUGAGUUGUGAUACAUCAAACGGGACUAUUUUUACUAUUUCACGAGUGGCUUUGAUUAGUGUAUAAAUUUCUCACUUGACUUUUUAGGUACCAUACAACUGGAUUUUAUCUCAAAUUGAUUUUAUUGACAUUUGUUUAGGUAUUUUGAAUAAUUUUAAUAGAUGCCAAAUGUAAUUGUUAAAUAUCCAUAUAUUAGUCAAUUCUGGUACACAACUAUUAGUGUGUUGUAUUUUUGGCUUUCAAAGUUUAUAACAAGAUUAAUAGCCAUUAAGGAUAAAACUAAAUUAUUGCACUACUAGCAGAUCAGCUUUGCAACAGCUUUUUAAAGGGGCAAUGUUGAAUAUUGUCAUGAAUUUCAACGACAGUUAUUAAUAGAAAGUAUGGCAGUUCUCAACAAAUAUUUCUUUGCUCUAAAUGAAAUCAAUGUAUUGGUAAGGCCUAAAAAACGUGUUUCAGGGAACAUGCCAAAAAAAAUUCAGGUGUGGGAGAUCAGCUCUUUUUGACAUUCACUCUUAUAGUUCCACUAAACAUUGUAUGCCUAGUUUUGCACAUAAACGUAAAUCUACGACCAAAUCACAAUUCUUAUCACUGCUAUAGUACAACAAAUAUAGUUAGUACACAUAUUUUAUUUCCAUUCAUCCUAAAAUGCUCCAUCUUCCAUAAUGAUGUACUUUUCUUCAUGAAAUAGAUGCCAAACACUUGUCAACUAUGCCCUGUAUAGUUGUUAAUUGCAGAUGUAACCUUACAAUGUUUUGCAAAAUUGGCCCCAGAAUUUUUUUAUGCAGCUUUUUCACCAGACCUUCAUAUUAAUAAUUCGAAUAAUAGGGACAGCACGUUUUCAUAGAUAGUUGUGUACUAGGAAACAAUUGUUUUUGGUUCUUUUAUGUUUAAUCAUUCAGGAAAUUGGGGGAACAAAUAUUUAAGAGAAUCGAGAAAGACAAAAUUAUGUCUGGAAAGAAAUAACUUUGGGUGGGGUUUUUUAAGAGCUAGUGGUAUUAAAACAAAUGGUAUAUUUUAUUUUCACUUGCUUCGAGACAAGAUGUCAUAAUGGGUUUUUAAGAGACAGAAGUAUAUAUACCCUUCUCUCUGGUUAUUUACCUCUUGGUUGUUCUAGUUUAAUUCCAUACACAUCUAAUAGCCGGUGAUUAAUAAAUCAAUGUGCUCUAUUGCAGGGUUCGAAACAACCUGUGGCCAGAUAGACAAAUGUGACCACUGUCACUUUUGGGCAACUUAAAUUUAAAAAAAUCAUGGCAUUAGUCACCCAAAUAAUAUGUGGGCAAUAUUCUUUAGAGCUAUAACAUAUGAGCCACUAUUAAUAUUAUUAUUCCACAUUAAAAUCUUGCCCGUGGUUCGCAUACCAUAAUUUGCCAACAUCCAUUAUUAAUAAUAUAUUUUGGGCCACCAUAUUUUUUGGCGAGUUUCGAGCCCUGCUAGUGGUGUGUGGAACAAAAAUAAACUUUAAAUUUAAAUCCAUAAUGCUCUAUAAUACAUACCUCCCCAGGACUAGUUCUGGCAUUCGCCAAUUGUGAAUUUCAAAAACAAUUGGCAAAUUGUAUUUUCAUUUGGCAAAAUAAUUUCAUGUAAUAAUGUAUAUAAUUUGUUACAAAAUAACUGGGUUUCUGCUAUUUCUGAAGUUUACAGACAUGAUUAUUUUCCGUUAUAAAACAGAUUUCCACUUUUUAAAAAUAUUCCAUUACCAAUUUUUAUUUUCCACUUGUUAUAAUUUUUAACAAGUGGCCAUAUCUCAGUCUGCAUUAACAUCGCUAUGUUUGAGUAAAAUCAGUUGGGUUUUUUUUGGGAAGGAUGCACAAUCAGGUCUGAGUUUAAUAGAUAAAAUGGCAAAAAAAAUUCUGCUGACUCAAAGCUAGUGCUGCUCCCCAUACUAUUUUAUUAGCAGGACAUUUUAUUUGGCCUGCUGUUUAAAAAAAUAAAUAACAGUAGGCCAUGUUAUACUUUCUACUGCAAUCCCUGAAUAAGUCCGGAAUGACAUACACUACAUUAUAAAUGUAUUUUCAGGGGUGCACAAAUGAAAAAUAUCUUGACUACUCUGCCUGACCAGUACCUGUGGGGGAAAACAAAGGUCUGCCUGAAAUUUCUACUAAGACUUGAAAAUUAUUUAACUGUGUGAACAUCUCCUGCAAUUGCCCACAGCAGUCGACAAUGCCAUUGAUAUUUAAAAUUUCUAUGACACUUUUUUUUUGUCUUAGAUUUUUUCCAGUUUUUGUUUUGGGAUUUAACUCGGGUGGUUAACAACUGAUCAACGGUCAUGGUAUGUGCUUUCCUGUCUGUGGAAAAGUGCAUAUAAAAGAUCCCUUGCUGCAUUAAGAAACAUGUAGCAGCUUUCCCUGAUGACCAAGUCAGAAUUACCAAAUGACUGACAUUCAAUAGCCAAUUAUUAAUUAAUCAAUGUGCUCUAGUGGUGUCAUUAAACGAAACAAAGUUUAUUCAGUUGGGUUUUUUCAAUGGCAUGUUUUUUGCCGUAGACAUUUGUUAUGUGUUGGGAUAAACAUUAAGUAUACAACUUACAUGACAAUAUAAAAUUCUUAGUGCAUCUUUUGUUCUCUUAAAAUUAAUACUAAUUUAAAAUAAAUAAAAUGUGUUUCCAGGAACCCGCCUGCUCCAUCUGAUUUUUUUCUGGCACAUUCCCAGAAACAUACAAUUUUUUUGAUUUUAUAAAAUACAAAGCAAAAUAACCACACUAAAAAUAAAUGCUUUAUUUGCUUAGUCAUGGUGGUUAUAUUACUUGCUUAUCUGUUAGAAUAUUUACUUGCAUUUGGCGAGCUGGUUAGUUUGUACUUUCAGCAGCUAAUAAUUUUCUUUGGUUAAAUAUAGAUCUAAAUUUUUAAUGUUUUACUAGUUGUAGAAAAUCAAACAACACUUUACUUUCUACUGAAUAUUUAUAUAUAUAUAUAUGUAAACUUAUUAAGAGGUAAUAUUCUUCUACAAUAAAACCUCUGUACACCAGAAUUGUCUCAAAAUUAAAUGUUUUUCCGUGGUCUCUUUUUAAAUAUCUACAGAUCACAACCUAUUUAAACUGGAUACCCUUCUACCUGAAUUGUCUACUUGGUCUCUUGGAUGUCCAUUUUUAGAGGUUUCACUGAAUAACCAUUGAAAAGAUCAGCAGGUUGAAUCAACCUUUGAAAUUCAAAACAGCAAAGGGCAGUGCUGUCGCAGAAAGCUGUUGCAGAAUUGAUUGGCUACAGCAGUUUUAUUAUUAUUGGGAAUUUAUUUUAUUGUACAAAAUCGCCUUUGCAAGACGGAACUAAAUUUAAAUGGGUCGAAUAUUGGAAAUGCAGACCCAGUAUUAAUUUUUAAAUAUAGUACAAUGGAAUUCAGUAUUGGCUGUUCAGUAAACACCAUCAAAAUGUGCUGGAUUUUAUGAAAGAAAAUGUUUUAAUCUUUCUGUGCUAUGAAAGUACAUAUAGGUGAUUAAUGUAUAACAAGGUGAUUAAUGUAUAACAAGGUGAUUAAUGUAUAACAAGAAAAAUAUCACUAAUAUUGCUUUCUGGUGAGAGCUAGAUCUGAGUCAGCAGAAAAUUUUGCUUAAUUAGCUUUUAAAAAAAAAGAAGAGCAAAACACAGUUUUUAUUUUUCAAAAAUAUAUCCAUCAUUACAAUUUUUGUUCAUAAAUUUUAUAACUGGCUACAGGCCAGAUAAUUUAUUUUUUAAAUCGUUACAAAUUUUUUUCUCAUGAAUUUCAUAAUUGGCAAGAGGAAGGGUUACAAUCCAGCUAUUUUAUUUUUUAAAUAUUAAUACUGAGUUACAUUUUAAUAACACUAUUUGUAUUUUCAGGUGCAAAGUAGCACAAUUUUUUUAUUAUUAUUUGUUUAAUUUGGGAAAUUUUAAUUCAGUGUGAAAUAUUUUAGGCUAUAUGCAGCUUUGUCAGUGUUCAAAAUAACUACCUUUCAAACAGUCCAUGAUUUCGAUCUAGCCAAUGAAAUAAAAAUUUACUUAGCAUACCCCCGCCCACUCCUCCACUCACAGAUGUAAAAAUGCAGGACAUUUUUCAAGAAAAGGAUGUAUGUAUGUUUAUGAUACAGCAGGAGUCGAAAUUGGCAGACAUUCCUGCUGGAUAUUUGGUCCAGUGAGCUGCAAAUUCUGCUGGCAAGAAUCUAAAUCUGCUGAACCAAAUAUGGUUGACUCAAAGUAAUCUGUGAAUAUAAACUUAAAAUAAUUGAUGGGCCGUACCGUAGUGAUGUUAACCAGCAAAAACUGAUCGGGACAGCAUUAUUUCAAGCCCUGUACAGGCUAUUCACACCAUCCAAACCCUACCCUCACCCAGUGCUGUCUUAUUUUUAGCAGGUCGUAUUUUACUUCCAAUUUCGAACCCUGAUCUUGCAUUAUACUUCUGUUAGUAUCAUUUGUGCUUUCAAUUUCAUGUUGUAAUUCAUUGAAAUAUGAUUUCAUUUGAGAUGUUAAGUACAUAUACAGUAGUAUCUGUAAGACCAAACCAAAAAAUACUUGUUUUCCAUUAUGGUAGGGGGAAAAUAGGAUAGGUAGGCAAGAUUAUUUUUAUAUAUGGAAAAUAGAUCACCACGGUAUCAGUGAUUGUUUGAUAAGCUUUAAAAAAAAAUAAUGAUAAAAAAUAAAUAAGAUAGUUUGCUGUAUAAAAAUAAGGAUCAAGUAACUGAAAACAGCCGAAUUUAUAGAGCCUGUUUAUAUCUUAAACACUUGUAAUUAUAUACAUUUACAAUGCUUAAACACUUGUAAUUAUAUACAUUUACAAUGCUUAAACACUUGUAAUUAUAUACAUUUACAAUGCUUAAACACUUACAUUUAAGAAAAACAGGCUUUGUAAAAGUGUCCCACAAUUCUGUUAUGUUAAGCCUGAUAGGAUAUUAUGUUACUUACACAUAAUUUAUCAUUUUUAAAGGCACUGGACCUAUUUUACAAGGUGAUAUAAAAUAUUGUGGCUUUUUUUUAAAACUAUUUAUGCUGCAGACACUACUACCUAGGCCUAAAAUAAAUUUGGGUUUCUGGGAAAUACUGGACAUUUUGUAGUUACAGGGUGGGAGUGGGGGUGGGGGGGGGGGGGGGGGUAGCUACAUGUACACAUACAAGUGUUACAUAAAUACAUGUAUAUGUACCCUUUUCACCUAAUUUUUUAUAAUUAUUUUUUAUUAAUAAAUCAGCACUAAAAUGGGUCGUCACGUUUUUCUAGGUACGGUCUGCUUCCUAGAAACACUUUUUCUCUCUUUUUUUUAUUAUAUUAUAGACCCUCGGUCACUAAAAUUGUUCAUUUAGUCCUUUUGCGUAGUAUUUUCACGCAAGAUAGAAUACUGAUAGAUACGGAAAUAAGUUUUUGUAGUUACUACGGUAAUGGCAAUUAUUCAUAUGACCCUGUUUUAUGUGUCCACUUUCCCUGCUUACCACGCCCUUUUUUAUGUUGUUAGGAUCAUAUUUCUAUGAUUUUGUAUAAAGUUUAUGUACACAUCUGGAACAUACAUGUAUGGAAUGGGAGAACAAAUAUAUAGGAAACGUUCACACAAGCCAUUUCAUCUACAGUUAGUGAAGGUCACAAGAAUUAUUAUUAACUGUUGUGUUUCAUUGCAGGUAAUUUAUAUACAUUUUAUGAACUUGUCAAUUUUUUUUUUUUUUUUUAUAAAUAAAAUUUGAAAUACAAA